AUGUCCGUUCCGUCGCAUUUCAAGCUUAACAAUGACGUCUCAAUUCCCGCAGUUGGACUCGGGACGUGGCAGGCGAAGCCAGGUGAAGUCGGUAACGCUGUCAGUCAUGCACUGAAAUCUGGAUACCGACAUUUGGACUGCGCCUUGAUUUAUCAAAACGAGGGGGAAGUCGGCGACGCGAUCAAAGGGUCUGAGGUUCCCCGCGAGGAGAUCUUCAUCACCAGUAAAGUCUGGAAUACUCACCAAACCAAUGUCGCCGAGGGCCUUGCGCAGACCCUGAAGGACCUCCAAACGGAUUACCUGGACCUCUACUUGGUCCACUGGCCAAUCCGUCUCAUUCCCAACGAGACCUCUCAGCUCUUACCUUCCAACCCGGACGGGACCCGCUCUGUCGAUCCCUUUUGGAACCAGAAGGACACCUGGAAGCAGAUGGAGGAGGUUUAUAAGAGCGGUAAGGUCAAGGCCAUCGGCGUGUCAAACUGGAGUAUCCCCUAUUUGCAGGAUCUUGAGAAGACAUGGGAAAUCGUCCCUGCUGUGAACCAGGUCGAGCUGCACCCUUAUUGCCCACAGCAUGCAUUGAAACAAUGGUGCGAGGAUAAGGGAAUUUACCUACAAGCAUACUGUCCCCUCGGUUCUACAGACUCUCCUCUCCUCGGCGACUCUGAAGUCGCAGCAAUCGCGAAGAAAUAUGAUGUGUCCCCCGCGACGAUUUUAAUUUCUUACCAGGUUAACCGCGGUUGCAUUGUGCUGCCUAAGUCGGUGACUCUCAGCCGCAUUGACGCUAACCUUAAGGUUAUUGCUCUGGGAAAGGAGGAUAUGGAUGUAUUGGAAGGACUGGCGGCUGCUGGGAAACAGCAACGUGUCAAUACGCCGCAGUGGGGACAUAAUUUGGGAUUUGAUGACUGGUUUGGACCAGGCAAUGUUAAUGCGCCAAAAAAAUAG